GCCGAGGCGCUGGUUUGGCGCGCGCGCCCUGAGCCUUGGGUCUGAGCUAGCCUUCUGGAUUUUUGCUCAUUUCUCCUUGGCUUUUGACUUUUUCCGAACACUACUGUCUUCGAUUUUCAAGAUGCCGUCUUCUUUACUGGGCUCGGCGAUGCCGGCCUCCACGUCGGCCGCAGCCCUGCAGGAAGCGCUGGAAAAUGCGGGGCGGCUCAUCGAUCGUCAGUUGCAAGAAGACCGCAUGUACCCGGACCUUUCCGAGCUGCUCAUGGUGUCUGCCCCAAAUAAUCCUACUGUUUCUGGCAUGUCAGAUAUGGAUUAUCCACUACAAGGACCGGGUUUGCUGUCGGUGCCAAACCUUCCAGAGAUCAGUUCCAUCCGAAGAGUUCCUCUCCCACCUGAACUUGUUGAACAGUUUGGACACAUGCAGUGUAACUGCAUGAUGGGCGUGUUUCCUGCCAUCAGCAGAGCUUGGCUCACAAUCGACAGUGACAUAUUCAUGUGGAACUAUGAGGAUGGAGGGGACCUUGCCUAUUUUGAUGGACUUAGUGAGACUAUUCUUGCCGUGGGGCUUGUGAAACCAAAAGCUGGCAUCUUUCAGCCUCAUGUACGACACCUCCUGGUUUUGGCAACCCCUGUGGAUAUAGUGAUUCUUGGACUCAGCUAUGCUAAUUUGCAAACAGGUCCCGGAGUUCUGAACGACAGUGUGUGCGGCGGGAUGCAGCUGCUCCCAGACCCUCUGUAUUCCCUUCCCACUGACAACACUUACCUUUUAACAAUAACUUCCACCGAUAACGGCAGGAUUUUCUUGGCUGGAAAGGAUGGCUGUUUAUACGAAGUAGCAUACCAGGCAGAAGCAGGUUGGUUUAGCCAAAGAUGUAGGAAAAUCAACCACUCGAAGAGUGCGCUAUCCUUUCUUGUUCCUUCAUUGCUACAAUUUACAUUUUCAGAAGAUGAUCCUAUUGUUCAAAUUGAAAUUGAUAAUUCUAGAAACAUUUUAUAUACACGAUCUGAGAAAGGAGUAAUACAAGUUUAUGAUCUGGGCGGCGACGGACAGGGAAUGAGCAGAGUUGCCUCGGUGUCACAGAACUCCAUUGUCUCUGCCGCUGGGAACAUUGCCAGGACCAUAGAUCGUUCUGUUUUUAAACCAAUUGUUCAAAUAGCAGUGAUUGAAAAUUCCGAGUCACUGGACUGUCAGUUAUUGGCUGUCACACAUGCUGGGAUAAGGUUGUACUUCAGCACGUGUCCGUUCAGGCAGCCACUAGCACGACCUAAUACGCUGACGCUGGUUCACGUCCGCCUGCCUCCUGGAUUCUCAGCGUCUUCAACAGUGGAAAAGCCUUCAAAGGUACAUAAAGCUCUCUACAGUAAAGGUGUUCUACUGAUGACAGCCUCAGAAAAUGAAGACAAUGACAUUUUGUGGUGUGUCAACCAUGACACAUUUCCUUUCCAAAAGCCAAUGAUGGAAACUCAGAUGACAACCCGUGUUGAUGGUCAUUCCUGGGCUCUUUCUGCAAUAGAUGAAUUGAAAGUAGAUAAAAUAAUUACACCCUUAAACAAGGAUCAUAUUCCAAUAACUGACUCACCAGUUGUCGUGCAGCAACACAUGUUGCCUCCAAAGAAGUUUGUUCUCCUCUCAGCCCAGGGGAGCCUUAUGUUUCAUAAACUUAGACCAGUAGAUCAACUGAGGCAUCUACUUGUGAGUAAUGUGGGUGGAGACGGAGAAGAGAUUGAAAGAUUCUUUAAAUUACAUCAGGAAGACCAAGCUUGUGCAACCUGCCUCAUCCUUGCUUGUUCCCCCGCUGCCUGUGAUAGAGAAAUAUCUGCUUGGGCCACUCGGGCUUUCUUCAGGUACGGCGGUGAAGCCCAGAUGAGAUUUCCAACCACCCUCCCCACCCCAAGUAAUGUUGGUCCCAUCCUGGGGUCUCCUGUCUAUGCUAGUUCUCCUCUUCCUAGUGGUGGUCCAUAUCCAAAUCCAUCGUUUUUGGGAACACCAUCUCAAGGCAUGCAUCCUCCUGUCAUGUCAACACCGGUGUGCGCUGUGGGAAACCCGGCAAUCCCGGCCGCGAGUAUGGGCUACACGGCAGGGCCAGAGAUUGUGUACUCUGGGAAACACAACGGCAUAUGCAUUUACUUUUCUCGGAUCAUGGGAAAUAUCUGGGAUGCUAGUUUAGUGGUGGAAAGAGUAUUCAAGAGUGGAAACAAAGAGAUCACUGCGGUUGAGAGUAGCGUUCCCUCCCAAAUGCUGGAGUCCGUGCUACAAGAACUAAAAGGUUUGCAGGAAUUUCUGGACAGAAACUCCCAGUUUGCAGGAGGACCAUUAGGAAAUCCAAAUACCACUGCCAAAGUGCAGCAGAGGCUGAUGGGAUUCAUGCGUCCUGAAAAUGGAAAUACCCAGCAAAUGCAACAGGAACUGCAGAGGAAAUUUCAUGAGGCUCAAGUGAGUGAAAAGAUUUCACUUCAGGCAAUCCAGCAGUUGGUCCGAAAAUCAUACCAGGCUCUGGCUUUAUGGAAGCUUCUUUGUGAACAUCAGUUCACUGUCAUUGUAGGUGAACUGCAGAAGGAAUUUCAAGAGCAGUUGAAAAUCACCACCUUUAAAGAUCUGGUAAUCCGGGACAAAGAACUGACCGGGGCAUUAAUUGCUUCCCUUAUCAACUGCUAUAUCAGAGACAAUGCCGCUGUUGACGGCAUCAGUUUACACUUGCAGGACAUCUGCCCACUUCUGUACAGCACGGAUGAUGCAGUCUGUUCCAAGGCAAAUGAGCUUCUCCAACGUUCCCGACAAGUUCAAAAUAAGAUGGAAAAAGAAAGAAUGUUAAGGGAAUCACUGAAGGAGUAUCAGAAAAUCAGCAAUCAAGUUGACCUUUCCAAUGUUUGUGCUCAGUAUAGACAAGUGCGUUUUUAUGAGGGUGUGGUGGAGCUCUCUCUCGCUGCUGCUGAGAAAAAAGAUCCUCAGGGUCUUGGACUUCAUUUCUAUAAACAUGGAGAACCAGAAGAAGACGUCAUGGGACUUCAGGCUUUCCAAGAAAGAUUAAACAGUUACAAGUGCAUUACAGAUACACUUCAGGAACUGGUAAAUCAAAGUAAGGCCGCCCCUCAGUCUCCCAGUGUACCCAAAAAGCCUGGGCCUCCUGUGUUGUCAUCGGAUCCCAAUAUGCUGAGUAAUGAGGAAGCAGGACAUCACUUUGAACAAAUGCUUAAAUUAUGUCAACGAUCCAAAGAUGAGCUCUUUAGUAUUGCCCUUUAUAAUUGGCUAAUACAAGCUGACCUUGCGGAUAAACUGCUACAGAUCACGUCCCCAUUUCUGGAGCCACAUCUAGCCCGAAUGGCCAAAGUUGAUCAAAACAAAGUCCGCUACAUGGAUCUGCUCUGGAGGUAUUACGAGAAGAGCCGCAGCUUCAGCAGUGCCGCCCGCGUCCUGUCCAAGCUGGCCGACAUGCACAGCACAGAAAUUCCACUCCAGCAGCGACUAGAGUACAUUGCUCGUGCCAUUCUUAGUGCCAAAAGCUCCACAGCCAUUUCCUCCACAGCUGCAGACGGUGAAUUCCUUCAUGAACUGGAAGAAAAAAUGGAAGUUGCUAGGAUCCAGCUUCAGAUACAGGAGACACUACAAAGGCAGUAUUCCCACCAUUCAUCUGUACAGGAUGCCAUAUCUCAGCUGGAUUCUGAGCUAAUGGACAUAACUAAGCUUUAUGGGGAAUUUGCUGACCCAUUUAAACUUGCAGAGUGUAAGCUUGCAAUAAUUCAUUGUGCCGGUUAUUCAGACCCUAUAUUGGUGCAGACCCUGUGGCAGGAUAUCAUAGAGAAAGAACUGAAUGACAGUGUGAUGCUGAGCUCCUCAGAUAGAAUGCAUGCCCUUAGUCUGAAGAUCGUCCUCCUUGGCAAAAUCUACGCCAGCACACCUCGCUUCUUUCCCCUGGAUUUUAUUGUGCAGUUCUUAGAGCAGCAAGUCUGUACUCUGAACUGGGAUGUGGGUUUUGUCAUACAGACAAUGAAUGAAAUCGGAGUGCCCUUGCCUCGACUGCUGGAGGUGUAUGAUCACUUGUUCAAGUCACGGGAUCCAUUCUGGAAUAGAAUGAAGAAGCCACUGCACCUUUUGGAUUGUUUACAUGUGCUGUUGACAAGAUAUGUUGAGAAUCCUAGCCAGGUUUUCAACUGUGAGAGGAGAAGAUUUACAAAUCUCUGCCUGGAUGCCAUUUGUGGUUAUCUGGUUGAGCUGCAGUCUAUGAGCUCUUCAGUAGCAGUACAAACCAUCACAGGGAAUUUUAAAUCACUUCAGGCAAAAUUAGAACGGCUUCAUUAAUUAUUGUAAUGUACUUUUUCCAUUCAUUUUGAACUGUAAAAUAAAAUCUCAUCUGGGUCCAAAUAGCAAGUGCUCUAAAUCUAAGAAAUCAAGACAAUUUUAAUAGAAAUGUGUUUUUCACAAGUGGGUAGUAUCUACAAACAACACAUUGGCCAGAUGAAUUCUUUUUUUACUACUUCUCUGUUUUAUAAUCAGGUCAAAAAACAACUAAGAUUUUUAAUGCUCUUAUUAACACACGGAUAAGGAAUAUUUAGGAACUCUUAUUUUGAAUUUUAAUGCAGGCAUAAAUUUUGAAUCUAUAGUAUUCAUUUUCAAAUUAAUCCAAAGAUGGUUGGUAUCAAAAUUUAAAUAGGCUAGCUGAGCAGGUCAUUCCCAUAAUACUGGAUUCUACAACAAGCCUUAAAAAGGCAAACAUACACUGUCUCUUUUAAGUUACUUAGGUGUUGGGUGUAUCCUUGGGAAGAAAUUUCCUCCAACUACUACUGAUGUCAGUUAGAGCCCUUGAAGAGUAAACAUAUCAGUUUGUUUUUUCAGCAGGUGAUACACUUCUAACUAAUGGUCUGUGUCCUGAAAACCUGUACAGGGAGAUAACUCUUUUUUUCCUAGUGCCUACCUAGUUCUUUGGCCUUGUGACUACUGAUUUUAUUAAAACAUUGAUUUCUCAAAAUGUGUGCAGCAAACCAGCACUUCAGCAUCAUCUGCGAGUUUGUUAGAAAUUCAGAUUAUUGAGCCCAUUUCCAAACCUCCUGGAUCCCUAACUGGGGGUGAGGCCCAGCUCUCUGUGUCUUAACAAGCCCCCUGGCGUGUGCUGGGGCAUGGCAGGUAGUGCGUGACAGGCUAUGGCUGGCCUGUGCAUUGAGCUCCUGAUCCGAUUCCGCCUCUCCCCCCAUGGAUGACCAGAGCCUCCAAGAUUCACCCAAGACACCCGAUAUGUAAAGCACAGUUGUUAGUAAUGUAGUUUUCAGGUUUUAAGAAAAUUGGAAUAACUAAACCAAAUGCCCCAAAGUCAUGGCAAUGAUGAGGGAAGAGAAGGGGGUGAGAAUGACCAGGACUAACCAAAAGUGAAGAGCAUAGCCUGCUCUCCUCUCACAUUUAUGCCACCAAGAAUAACGGCCUUCUCUCUGCUGUCACUAAGGCAUGUCUAACGAUUUUUAAAAUACACUUUGGAAAUAGAUUUUCUUCCAUGUUUAUU